UCAUCACGGUGUCAUGUCGUCAAUCAAUUACGCUAUAAUAAGCACAUCUUUCGUCAAUCGUUGUGAUAAUUCGUUUGAGUAGUUUAAGGCUUUAUCGCUCGAUGUCCCUAGAUGUUAUCUACAAUUAUCGUUUUGAUGCCGAUCUAUGGGCAUUAAUCCGUGACUGUAUGUGUUUAAAAAUGGACGUGGAAGGCGAAAGAAGUGUUGUCUGCAGACUGUGCAUGUGCGAAGACGAUGCAAUAUUUUAUGAUAUAUUUGACACCGACAUUUGUGAAGGAGAAUCUGUGGUGUCUAAAAUAUGGAAUUGUUUGUACUUGGAGGUAUUCUUUGGUGAUGGCCUUCCAAGUUUCAUCUGUCAUCAAUGUCUGUAUAAACUGAAUAGGUUUCAUAGUUUCAAAGAGAUGUGUCAUACCUCAUACAUUCAUCUUAGCAAAUAUCAGUGCUCAUCAUUUGUUCAGAACACAAUACAUCUUGAGGAUAUGAAAGUGGAGUCAGUAGUGAAAAAAGUGAGCCCUGUUCCAUUUGACAGUGGAUGUACUGUUGAGGGUUCAGAAGGGACACUUGAUGGUGAUGAUAUGCCUGAAUUUGUUGGGCAUGAAAUGAAUAAUGUGGCUGACAAAAAUGACCCUUUUUCAGGGGCAUUAUUCUCUCAUAUUAGUGAUGAAUCUAACAUUGAAUUAGAAGAAUCACAGACAACACAAUGUGAUUCAGACUCAUUGACAAUGCUGCAAGAUUCAUAUGAUCAACUGCAGUCUAAAUCAAAUGUGUCUGCUCCAAAAGGAUGUUCAUUGGUAUUAAAUCAACCAUCAUGCACAAGUACAAAUCACAGUGCUAGUUCACAGAUUCUGAACAUCUUAAAGGUGAGUUCAGACAUGAUUCUGUUUCCAGCAAAUGAUGUUUUAAACAGUGAAUCUUCAUCUAUUUCUGCUAUACUUCCCAUGGAUAAUAAAUCUAGCACAGAUAACAGAUCAGCCUCUCCAUUGGCCCUGCAAACUGAUGGAAGCAGCCAAACUGGAACAUUGACAAGUACUACUAUUGAUGUUUCAAGUGAAAAUGAAAGAAAUACAUCAUGGACCAAAGGAAAAUUGCAUAUGAGAGAGAAUUGUGUGAAAGUGCUGCCAAAACUAAUAAGCACAAUGUCCCAAGAGUCUGAGAAUUGUAGUGGCCAUAUUAAUGUGAUCAGCUCAAAAUGUGUGGCAACAAGACCUUUAUUAGAAUCAGAGAAGAACUUUAAAGAAUGCAGAAUGGAUUCAGAAGAAAACAAAGAUGGCAGAAAGUGCAAGUUACAUACAGCUGUUUUGAACACCAGAUGUCAAAAAUAUUCAAAUAAAAUCAGUCAGAGGCAUUGUCAGGCAGUGAACAUGUCAAGUAUACCUGAAACGCAUAAGCACUCCAAUAAUCAUCUUACAAAUUACAAAUCAGAUUCAGGUAAAAAAUGUGAACUUGCCACUCAGACUGUAGCGAUUGAAAAUGAUAAUGAUGGUCCUUCAGGCUGUGCUGCAUGGAGGACAGCAGUUUCAAAAAAAUAUUACUUUAGGCGACAUGUAAGGGAGCACCUUCACAGUUUGCAUAAUACAAGAAACAUGAAGCAUAUCCUUGAAAAAUAUCCAUAAACCUUUAACAGUAUUGGGAAGUUUGAGAUGUAUAUGGCAAUACAUACUCACAAGAAGCAGCUGGUUAAGUGUAGCCUGUGUGAAAGAAAAUUCUGUCAGAGCUGGCAACAAACUCUUUACAAGAGUCUGCAUUCUAAUUUGGAUAUGGUCCUAUGUGAAUAGUGUGGCAAAAACUUUACAUAUGCAACAUAUCUUGAAAACACAUGAACUGUCAUAAUAGAACAUAUGUUUUUGAUAUUUGCAGUAUUUAGUUUUAAUUCUGAUCCUGAGAAAAGGUCAGAAUUUCAUCCUAAUUAUAUUCCUAACUCAGAUUUAGAUGUUCUUGAAGUAGUUUUAUUACAGCAGGACUUUGAGGAUCUAUCUGAGGAAGAUGAUGAUAGAAAUAUUUGGCUCUGUGUGUAACAUGAGUCAACCCUUGGUUAUUCACCCAAUAAUGAAGUGCAUCAAAAUGUUAAAUGAUUGGAAAGUUUCAAAUCAAAAACCAAUAAAACAGAUACUGUUGCAGAUAAGGCAGAGAGAGUGCCUGGAAGUUUUGAGUCAGAAAUUGAUAUCCCCACUAGUUAUGAAGGAAGACGACCUAUCAAAAUGUAUAGAAAUAGGAAGACUAUUUCACAUAAGCAAUAAUAAGUAAUAACACAAGAGGUGGGUCUUUGAACAGUGAAGCAACAGAUAAACUUGGAGCAUUUGGAGAUGAGUUGAAUGUUUUUCUUUCUGCAUCCAGCAUUGUAGACAGAAGUAAAUUAAACAGAACAUUAAAGCAUAGCAGCAACAACAAAGAAAGUCUGGAUAAGCCAUUAAUUAAUGGAAUGAAUAGAUCUUCUUGCGCUUGUAAGGAAUGCCAUUUUAAAUUGGAGAACAUUGAUGAUUUAAUGACUCAUUAGCCGACAGCUCAUUCUAAAGUUAAGAUUUACAACUGUUUUGAUUGUUUGAAAAUGUUUACAUAUUCAUCCUAUUUAAUUGAUCAUAAAAAACGUUUUGUUAAAUCAGCAAGAACUUGCACUAAAUACAACUUCUGAAUAGAAAGUCUUUUUUGCUGUUCUUGUGUAUAGCUGCUGUUUUAUGUGCAUCUUUCUACUGAGAAAUGUUUUGUUUCAAGGUUAAGAAUUAAUGGAGCUGUACAAAUUCUAUAUGUUGUAAUGUGGUGCUGCUUAAUUUACCUUUUUGGGAUGAACCCCAAGUAUGCUAGAUAUGUCUUCUGGAUCAGCCUGGGACAAGAGAAAUGGUAUCACAAUUAAAAUCAGUAUCUCAUAGAUUGGAUUUUAUCGUUUACCGCUACAUAUUUCAAUCCUCAUGGGACCAUCAUUAGGCAGUGUAUAUAAUAAAUACCUUAAAAGUUCAUAAAAUCACAAUAUGGAUUCAUAUUGUGGUGCAACAUGUCAAUAUUAAAAAAGUUGUAGAACAUUGUGCCUUGUGUUAUGAAAAAAUUAUGAUAUAGAAAAAUAUUGUAAAUAUUAAGAGUAUACAAGAAUUUUAUAUUUAAAAUAUUAGUGGAGGUAAUUAGAAGAUGUUUUAUAUUACAAAUAUAAGAUUUUAUAAUAUGAAUAAAGAGUUUGAUAUUACAUGGCUAAAAUAACUAGAAAUAUUAAGGUAUUAAAAAGUAUUAAAAUAAUAUUAUAAAGUUAUCUCCUCAUCCCAUUGAUGAGUAUGCUCAUAUUAUAUGUUCUCUGAAUGUUUGAUUUGUUGUGCAUGUCAAGAGAAUGUUAUGUUCCAGGCAAAAUCAGAAGAAUAACAAGGAGAAUAGUGAAACAUCAAGUCAUUCAAGGCUUGAGAAUAAUCAUUGCACAUACAUUAAAAAGCCUUAUUUUUUAUUCCUGAUUACACACUACAUGUUUAGACUGCAAAGUGGCCAUUGUAAGGUGGAAUGCACAAAAAUAGUAAAGUUGUAAGGCAGGGAUUUUAAAAAUAUGUAAAAUGUAUAGAAAUGUGAGAAGCAUUAAAAAAUUAAAUCUGAUCAAUUUUCAUUUUUAUGUGAGGACAUGUAUUAAAUUGGUAACUCCUGUUUCCAAAUUCAUUGGAUGUUUAUAAAGUUUGUCUAGUCAGGUCUUGUAUAAUUUGGGCCCUUUAUUCUCAUAUGCUGUUGUUUUCUGCAAACAUUCUCAGUCAGUCCAGUCUAAUUUAUAAUCCUGUGUUGUAAGUUAAUUUAAAGUCUGGAGUGGUCUUUUGGCAUUUACUAAGUAGCCAGAAGGUGUUUAAGUAUAGCAUAGUGGAUGUCUUGAAGUAUUGUAUUGUAUUGUAUUGUAGGAUUCAGUAUGAUGAUAUGGUGUAAUGUAUGGCCUUCUUGAAGAAGUAAUCAAGAUAAUGGAAGAUGUGCUUCUCUGAGAGCAAGGGCUGAAGCGUGGGCAUAGUGUGAUGUAUGUCUUUGUGACAGUGUUGUCUAUGAGUACAGUUGGGUUGCAUUGGAAAGCCACACAGCAGUGUCUACUGUAUGACCACAAAUGACUUUCUAUGCUCAGAUUUCUGGAAUAAGUAGCAAAGUAAUGUACAUGUUUGAUGGUAUGGAUAUGAACAAACUUAUUUAUAUUUAA